AUGCUCCUGAGGCCCUCGAGGCGCAAAGCUUUGCUUUCCGCAACACACAUCCUCGACUCGUCUUCAACUCAAGCCAUGCCACCGUCCGCAGAUGACACGCGCCUCAAGUUGGAGCCUGGUUGGCAACAAGGCGCAAGCGAGACCAGCGGUUCCGAAAAGCAGACGCCCAGCACCCCGGAACGACGCCCGGCUACCAUAUACGACGCUCUAGCAGGCAAAAGGCACAGGAAAAGCAAGGCCCUUGCAGACUCGAGCCUGGAGGAGACGGACGCCGAGGACCAGCAGGAAGACGGCGAGGACUCGCUGCAGCAUGAGCUCCUCGGAAAUGCCGAGGCCCUGUUCCUUCCGGAGCGAGACAAUCUUCCCGAGACUGACCUCAUCGAGCCGCUGCACGCCUACGCCUCCCAGUUUUAUGCGGCCAUGUGGCGGAGGCAUAGGAAGCUGCGGCGCCCGUCUCCGUCUCCGUCUCAGUCCCCGUCCCCGUCCCCGUCCUCGUCUCCAUCUCCGUCCCCGUCUCCAUCUCCGUCUCCGUCUCCGUCUCCGUCCCCGUCUCCGUCCCCGUCUCCAUCUCCGUCUUCGUCUCCGUCCCCGUCCCCGUCUCCAUCUCUGUCUCCGUCCUGCCCCGAAUCUCCAGAUGCUUGCAGCAUGGAUGAGACGGCUCUUCUCGCUUUCGGGAUCCUGCUCGAAGAGGCGGGCAGGGAGAUUCUAGGGCCCCAGGGUGACUUGGUCUUCACAGAGCCUUCUGUUGGGCUGGGUGACGUCGGUGGAGCGGCGCGAUGUUUUUCACCGCCGGUUGUUUACCGAACUGCUGGGACCUCUUCUCUCGGGGCAUCCAGCAGCGAGAGAUCACCAAAGAGAAGGAAGAUUAGGAGGGGGAGGUCGCCUCUUGACGAGACCGAGGGAGAGGAGCCAUGA